CGUCGCGAUGUGGAGCAAUCGCUGCUCAAUUUUUAUACUGGCGCUGCUGGUCGCCAGCAAUGCGGGAAAAGUAUCCGGACGAUUGCCAAGAAUCCUGCCGGAAGCCUUGGCCGAAGGCGAUGAAGGUGUUCCAGUGCGCGGAGAUUGUGAAUUUUUGGUCAACGGUGACCUGACUGACCCCGCACCGCUUUUCUCGCGACACAGUUCCUACGAGAUUAUAGUGCCAGAUCCCACGGACACAGUGCGUUUGGUUAAUGGAGAACUUUUGGAUAUGUUCUGCCCGGGUGUGGGCUUUGCAGCCCCAUUCGCGAAUCGAUCCCAGGUGACGGCCACGUGUCUGCAGAACAAGUACUUCCUGGUCGAUGAUCUCAUCUAUCCGUUUGCCGACUUCUCCUGUACCAGUUGGCCCAUAUUCAACGCCCUUCGAACGGGCAAGGAUUGUAAUGGAGGCACGGAUCUUGUCCAGGUGGGCUUCGAAGUGGAGGAUGGCGGAUUCCUGCAGUCCUACGAACUUUGUCACGAUGCCGAGGCGGAAGCUACGCGAUAUGUACAUCAUGUGCUCUACCCAUCGAGCUACGAUUAUCAGCAUGGAGUGGCGCGACCAGGCUUUAUCGAACUUGAUUUCUAUGGCGGAAGGGAUGUGAAUACGAAGUACACUCAAGUACAGCAGAACAUCACUAUCAGCAACAUACUCGGAAUGGAUGCCUCGCCAUAUUUCAAUUACAGUGAUGAUCGCAUUUUGGCUCGUGGCCAUAUGAUUGCCAAAACGGAUCAGAUCUUUGGUGCAGCUCAGCACUCGACCUUCCUGUUCAUUAAUGUGGCACCUCAGUGGCAGACCUUCAACGGCGGCAACUGGGAGAAAGUGGAGACCAGUGUUCGAAAGUUCGUGGCCGAUCGUAAUAUCACCACUGAUUGCUAUACCGGCACUUGGGGUGUGUCCACCCUUCCCGAUGUGGAUGGCGUCGAGAGGGAGCUGUAUCUGGACUUCGAUGAGAACAACAAUGGCUUGAUUCCUGUUCCGAAAAUCUAUUACCGCGUUGUCAUCGAUCGGGAGACUCGCGAAGGCAUUGUCCUUAUUGGCAUUAACAAUCCUUACUUGACGCUCGAGCAAAUCCUAAAGGAUUACAUUCUGUGCCAGGACAUUGGCCAUCGGCUUAGCUGGCUGACCUGGUACAAGGAGGAUCUGCACGAGGGUUAUUCUUAUGCCUGCACCGUGGAGGACUUUAUCGAAGUGGUCACGGACUUGCCUCUGGAAGAUCUACACACAAAUGGCGUUCUUGGACUAGAUGAUGAGACGACCACUGUUGCGCCUUCUUCUACUACUGAAGAGCCAACAACAUCUACGACCACUGGAGUGUCAUCAACCACUGAACCUGCAACUACAUCAAGUUCCACAACUACUGAAGAGCCAAGCACAUCUACUGCUUCAUCCACCACUGAGCAACCUUCGUCUACAACUGAACCCACCACUGAACCAAGUUCUUCCACUACCUCGGAACCGACCUCAACUACUGUUUCCUCCACUGAAGAACCAAGUUCAUCCAGCACUUUGGAACCAACUACUUCUUCAUCUACAGUAGAACCAAGUUCAUCCAGCACUUUGGAACCAACAACUUCUUCAUCUACAGUAGAACCUAGUUCCUCUACCACUUCAGAACCAACUACUUCUUCAUCUACAGUAGAACCUAGUUCCUCCACCACUUCAGAACCAACUACAUCUUCAACCACAGUAGAACCUUCUUCAUCUUCUUCGGCAUCUCCUCCGGUGACCACCCCCUCACCCAUCGUAAGUCCCUGUACCUUCAACAUAAAUGGUGGCCUCAAGGACCCCGCUCCACUUCUAACGCCGCAAGGAGCUCUUAGCUGGCUUCUGCCCGAUGAAAAUGGUACCUACACAGUGGAAGAGGGAUCUGCCAUUGAUCUGCAUUGUACUGGAGCUCUGGCCUCACCUUUCAAUAGGUAUACAGCUCUGACUGCUCGUUGUGUUGCUGAUCAACUCUACGAGGCUGAGGGAGAGCAGGUUAAUAUACGAGGAUUCGUCUGUCAGAGUUGGCCCACCUAUGUGGCACUUCGAUCUGGAGAAGCCUGCGAGGGUGGUACGGAUCUGGUGCAGAUUGGCUUCGAUGUGGCCGCUGGUUUCCUUAGCCAUGUGGAGCUCUGCUACGAUCAGCAGGAACAGAUCUCGAGAUAUGCUCGCUAUGAACUGACACCGGCUAAUGUGGCCUAUCAGAGAGGAGUUGCCCAACCUGGUUAUCUCCGAUCUGAUUUCUAUACAGGAGAAGAUGUCAAUGUUCUGUAUGGUCAAUCCCAUCAGUUGGAGGCAUUUAAUACAGCUCUGGGUGUGGAUGCCAGUCAGUAUUUCGACAGCUCUAAAGAUCUCUAUCUGACGCGAGGACAACUGGCUGCCCGUCUUGAUUUUGUCCAUAGUUCAGCCCAGAGAGCCACCCACUUCUAUAUCAAUGCAGUUCCUCAAUGGAGAAGCGUCAAUAUUGGUAAUUGGCUGGCAGUGGAAACCAGCUUACGGCAAUUUGUGGCGGACGAGGCACUCAAUGUGAGUGUCCAUUCAGGCAGCUAUGAUGUUUCAACUCUACCCAAUUCCCAAGGAAUCCAGACUCCUCUGUACCUCAAUGCUGAAACCAAACAGCUACCCGUAGCUAAGAUACUCUAUCGCAUAGUUAUCGAUCAGGAAAGUCGCAAGGGUAUUGUCUUGGUUGUGGUUAACAACCCACACAUAACCCUGGCAGAGACUCUGCAGGAUUAUGUGAUUUGUGAGGAUAUUGGAGCACAGUUGGAUUGGUUGGACUGGGACAAGACGGACUUGCAGAAGGGUUACUCCUAUGCCUGCUCUGUUGAAGAUUUCAUCGAAGUGGUUAAGGACCUGCCCACGGACCAGCUGGAGACUACUGGCAUUCUUGGUCUGAGCCAGAGUUUGGAAAAUGAGGUGUGUUCCUUUCAAGUGAACGGAGAUCUCAAGGAUCCAGCUCCAUUGUUUGUGGUGAGAACUGAGUUGGGUCAUGCUAGGUACCUAGAACCGGACCAUGAAGGUGUAGUCCAGCUGAAACAUGGAGAAGCUUUGGAGUUCCACUGCAUCAAGUCCUUCACAGGAUUAUUCUCUGGCUAUACCUUCGUGAAUUCAACCUGCUGGCAGCAGAAGACAUUCCUGGCCAUGGGCGGCUUAUAUGAUCUGCAGGACUUUGUCUGCACCUCCUGGCCAACCUACACAGCUCGUCGGACUAGUCGUCCUUGUAAUGGAGGUACUGAUCUUCUCGAAGUGGGCUUCCAGCUCUCCGACUCCACAUUCGAUGACUUCCUGCAGACCUACGAUGUCUGUCAUAAUGAACUGUCGGAGGUAACGCGCUAUGUCCAUCAUGUUCUGCAUCCGGGUAGUGCCCAAUAUCAGAGAUCUGUGUCCAGGCCUAGCUUUAUUCCUGGCGACUUUUACGGCGGCAAGGAUGUGAAUACUCUGUAUACCCAAAUCCAACAAAAUAUCACGAUUUCGGAGAUCCUGGGCAUGGAUGCCUCGCCCUACUUUAAUAUUAGUGGCAAUGUCUACUUGGCUCGCGGUCACAUGUCCGCCAAAACCGACUUUGUCUUUGGGGCAGCUCAGCAGGCCUCCUUCUUCUUUGUGAAUGUGGCACCUCAGUGGCAGACAUUCAAUGGCGGAAACUGGGAACGAGUCGAGGAUAGUGUGAGGAAGUUCGUGGCCGAUGAAAAUAUCACUGCAGAUUGCUAUACGGGAACUUGGGGUGUGUCCACCCUUCCCGAUGUGGAUGGCGUCGAGAGGGAGCUGUAUCUGGACUUCGAUGAGAACAACAAUGGCUUGAUCCCAGUGCCCAAGCUGUACUACCGAGUGGUAAUCGAUCGCGAGAGCAGGAAGGGCAUCGUUCUACUGGGAGUUAACAAUCCCCAUGCUGAUCUGGAGCAGAUCGAAAAGGACUAUAUCAUCUGCAACGAUAUUGGUGAGCAGCUAAGUUGGGUCAGCUGGACCAAGGAGGACCUGAAGAAGGGCUAUUCAUAUGCCUGUACGGUGGAAGACUUUACGGCUGUGGUUAAGGACCUGCCACUUGAUGACCUUCUGGUUGAUGGAGUGCUGGGCAUUUAAGGCUAGAUUUUGUGUGUCAACAAAGUCCAAAUAAUACGAAUUUCUUAAUUUAAAACCAAUAAAAAACAAGUUACCCAA